UUCGGUAGACUCUUGUAGAAGAUGAACCAAUGUCGGCUGAGGAGCCUUGUGCGGGUCAGAAGGAGCCUGGCGCUGGGUCUGCGAGCAACUGACCACCACAUCCUCGCCCGUCAGGCCCUCCGCACCAUUCAAACGACCGCACAGGGGCGUGGUGUCCACGAUCUGGACUCCUUCGCCAAUGGAUGCAGUGCCGCCUACAUCGAAGGUCUCUAUAACAAGUGGAAGCGCAAUCCCAAGUCCGUGGAUGAGUCCUGGAACGAGCUCUUCAGUGGCGAUGAUCGGACCACCGCCAAGAGACGUCCUCUUCCGGCAUCGCACUUCCGGAAGUACAGACGUCCUCCGGUUGAAAGGACAGCGAUGAAGGCUCGUUCGGGCGCGAGGACGGCUUCUGGCGGUGCAUCUGCAGCUCCAGCCGCGCCUCCCAGCGACUGGAAGAACAUUGAUGACCACCACGUGAUCCAGGCCAUCAUCCGGGCCUAUCAAUCGCGCGGUCAUUUGGCCGCCGAUCUGGAUCCCUUGGGUAUUGUUGGUCCUAAAAAGCUUAAGUCGGUGGAUGGAACCCAUCGACAUGCUGCCAGGGAGGUGCUCCGACAGCACUACUCCUACAUAUUUAAUGAUCUCAAUACCAUGUUCAAGUUGCCCUCAUCCACAAUGAUAGGCGGUGAUCAGGAGUUCCUCACACUGAAAGAGAUCCUGGAUCGCUUGGAGCGCAUCUACUGCGGCCACAUCGGAGUGGAGUACAUGCAGAUCACGUCGUUGACGAAGACCAACUGGAUACGCGACCGUUUCGAGAAGCCUGGUGGACUGGACUUGACCAAGGAGGAAAAGAAGCUCAUCCUUGAGCGUCUCACUCGCUCGACUGGAUUCGAAAACUUCCUGGCGAAGAAGUUUUCGUCGGAGAAGCGUUUCGGACUGGAGGGCUGCGACAUCAUGAUACCCUGCAUAAAGGAGGUGGUGGAUCGGGCUACAAAGCAGGGCGUGGAGUCAAUUUUAAUUGGAAUGGCACAUCGAGGACGCCUGAAUGUCCUGGCCAACAUCUGCCGCAAGCCCAUUGCAGACAUCCUGUCCCAGUUCCACGGCUUGAAGGCCACCGACUCCGGAUCCGGGGACGUUAAGUACCAUCUGGGGGUGUUUCAAGAGCGGCUCAACCGACAGACAAAUCGUAUGGUGCGCAUCACCGUGGUGGCGAAUCCCUCUCACUUGGAGCACGUCAACCCGGUGCUCCUAGGUAAAGCCCGGGCGGAGAUGUUCCAGCGCGGAGACACGUGUGGCAGCAAGGUGAUGCCCAUCAUCAUCCAUGGAGAUGCCUCCUUCUCCGGGCAGGGCGUGGUCUACGAAUCGAUGCACCUAUCCGACCUGCCCAGCUACACCACCUACGGCACCAUUCACAUCGUCUCCAACAACCAGGUGGGCUUCACGACAGAUCCGCGUUUCUCCCGCUCCUCGCGCUAUUGCACGGACGUUGCCAAGGUGGUGAAUGCUCCGAUUCUGCACGUGAACGCCGACGAUCCGGAGGCGUGCAUCCAGUGCGCUCGCAUUGUCACCGACUACCGGACACGGUUCAGGAAGGACGUGGUCAUAGACAUAGUUGGCUACCGCCGCAACGGGCACAACGAGGCGGAUGAACCCAUGUUCACCCAGCCGCUGAUGUACCAGCGCAUCCGGAAACUGAAGCCAUGCCUCCAGCUUUACGCGGAAAAGUUGAUCAAGGAGGGCGUCGUCACGGACAGCGAGUUCAAGGCAAUGGUGUCCAACUACGAAAAGAUCUGCGAGGACGCUUGGACCAAGUCCAAGGCCGUCAAGAGCAUAAAGUACUCCUCCUGGAUCGACUCUCCCUGGCCAGGAUUCUUUGAGGGUCGCGAUCGACUGAAACUAUGCCCCACUGGCGUCAGCACGGACACCCUGAAAACGAUUGGGGAAAUGUUCUCGACUCCUCCGCCGUCGGAGCACAAGUUUGAGGCGCACAAGGGCAUCCUCCGCAUACUCGCUCAGCGCACGCAGAUGGUGCAGGAUAAAGUGGCGGACUGGUCGCUGGGCGAGGCCUUCGCCUUUGGCUCGCUCCUUAAGGAGGGCAUCCAUGUGCGACUAUCCGGCCAGGAUGUGGAGCGCGGCACCUUUUCGCACCGGCACCACGUCCUGCACCACCAGAAGGAGGACAAGGUGGUGUACAACUCACUGGAUCACCUCUAUCCCGACCAGGCGCCCUACUCCGUUUGCAACAGCUCCCUCUCGGAGUGUGCGGUCCUCGGCUUCGAGCACGGCUACUCCAUGGCCAGUCCCCAUGCAUUGGUCAUUUGGGAGGGCCAGUUUGGGGACUUCUGCAACACGGCGCAGUGCAUCAUCGACACGUUCAUAGCCAGCGGCGAGACCAAGUGGGUGCGCCAGUCCGGAGUCGUCAUGUUGCUGCCACACAGCAUGGAGGGCAUGGGCCCGGAGCACUCUUCCGGGCGGAUGGAGCGCUUCCUGCAGAUGAGCGACGACGAUCCGGACGUGUAUCCAGACACCUGCGACGCCGACUUUGUGGCUCGCCAGCUGAUGAGCGUCAACUGGAUUGUGACGAACCUCUCCACACCCGCGAAUCUUUUCCACUGCCUGCGCCGGCAGGUGAAUAUGGGCUUCCGAAAGCCGCUGAUAAACUUCUCGCCCAAGUCACUGCUCCGCCAUCCGCUGGCGCGAAGUCCCUUCAAGGAUUUCAAUGAGUGCAGCUCCUUCCAGCGCCUCAUCCCCGACAAGGGACCCGCCGGCAAGAAGCCCGAGGGCGUCAAGAAGCUGGUCUUCUGCUCGGGAAAGGUCUACUACGAUCUCUUCAAGGAGCGCGACGAUCACCAGCAGGUGGAGACGGUGGCCCUGGUGCGGGUGGAACAGCUCUGCCCCUUCCCCUACGACCUGAUCAGCCAGCAGCUGGAGCUGUAUCCGAAGGCGGAGUUGCUGUGGGCCCAGGAGGAGCACAAGAACAAUGGCGGCUGGUUCUACGUGCAGCCACGUUUCGACACGGCGCUCCUCAAGAACGAAAACGAAUCCCGCUGCAUCUCCUACCGCGGACGACCGCCCAGCUCCUCGCCAGCGACGGGCAACAAGGUGCAGCACUACUCCGAGUACAAAGCUCUGAUCAAGAGCGUCUUUGGAGAGCUGACCCCGGAGAACAAGAAGCGUCUCGAGGAGCAGAUCAAGAAGCAGCAAGCCAAGGCCAAGGCGGACGCCCAAUCGAAACCCAGCACUAAGCCACCAUCCACUCCACCGAAGGGCGGCUCUACGCCACCACCAGGUAAGGGCGGAUCCGGAGGAAAAAAGAGAUCCGACUCGUCUCCAUCUGCGACUAUAGCUCCUACAGGUCCACAACCCCGUAAGCCAUUGAUUAGUAUGCCAAGUAGACCUCCGAGGGGGGGUAAGCAGAGAUCCGGUUCGGCUCCAGCUCCUGAUCUGGUUGAUGAAGCUUCAGCUGCUCGAAAUACGGAACCAGAUUCUCCUGCACACGAUGGCGCGUCACCGUCAGCUUGGAAGAGGUCGGGCUCGGCUCCGGCACCGAGCUUAGCUCCCAGGGCAUCAGCCCCUCGGAGUCCAUCGAAGGCACAGACUUAUAGGAACCCACCAUCACCUGCUCACGACGGAGCUGCGCCAUCCACCAGGCAAGAUUCCUCAGAGUUUAUAAAACGCAGACCAGCAAAAGAUUCCGGCAGUAGAAGUAGAACCCAAAAAAAUCCCGAGGAGUCGGAGCUGGACCCAACAAGACCAGAGCACUAGUCUAGAUCCAUUGCAUUAACCUUAGUAAGUCCACCAAUAAAGACAGGUAGCAGAUACAGAAAGAAUAUAAAUAUAAAA